AGGGAAUGAGUCAGUGUUGGAGGGUGUGUCGUCGAGGGUGGAUGUGUAGCUCGUGCGGUCCGUUGGGUUUCAUAUUGACGCCUCUCUGACGCAGGAACCUUUGAGCUUAUGGUUGGAUAUUGCCACCAUCCACUCCAGAAAACUUAAGACGAACUUCCUCCCACUCCGUUGACUUGUGUGUGUGAUGAAGAAAUUGUAUGUCCCUCAGGAUUUUAGUGUGAAAUAAGGAUUCACCCGGUGCCGGUGAUUACUGGUGCCUGGACGGUGCAGUUGUGAUUGGUUAGUGCAGAGGAAGCACCGAGUGGCAGGCUUGGAAAGCGUUGUGGCGGCGCCAACACGAUAGGGAAUACCAACGGAAGUUAAAGGGUGUCUAAUCAUCAAGAGACAGGAUGGCGCACCUCGUGGAGAAGGUAAUGGACAGCUAUAAUGACAUCUUCAUCAACCAGCGAGAUCCGAGGGUUGAUGGAUGGCUCUUCAUGGACUCACCGUGGCCCACAUUCUUCCUGUGCAUCAGCUACGUGUUGCUGGUGAAGGUGAUCGGGCCACGUUGCAUGAAGGAUCGCCCUCCCUUUGAUCUGAGACGUCUCCUUGUUUUCUACAAUGCAGCUCAAGUCGUCUUUUCCACCUGGUUAUUCUACGAGAUUGGAAUGAGUGGGUGGUUCACACAUUAUUCAUUACGCUGUCAACCUGUUGAUUAUUCCGACAAUCCUUCAGCUAUUCGUUUCGGUAUGGGUGGCUGGUUCCGUGGAUACUCCUACCGUUGCCAGCCAGUCGACUACUCACAAAACCCAGUGGCCAUCAGGAUGGCCCAUGCUUCCUGGUGGUACUAUUUUUCCAAGUUCACUGAAUUCCUAGACACGAUUUUCUUUGUGCUGCACAAGAAAAAUGAGCACAUCUCCAUGCUGCAUGUCAUCCAUCACGGCUGUAUGCCCAUGAGUGUUUGGUUUGGAGUCAAGUUCACUGCAGGUGGCCACAGCACUUUCUUCGGUCUUGUCAACACCUUUGUACAUAUUGUGAUGUACGUGUACUACAUGAUGGCUGCCAUGGGACCCAAGUACCGCCGCUACAUUUGGUGGAAGAAGUACCUCACCAACUUCCAGAUGAUCCAGUUCAUCCUGAUCUUCAGUCAUGCAUUCCAGCUGUGCUUCACUGAGUGUCACUACCCUCGUGCCUUCAUGUGGUGGAUCGGCGGUCAUGCUGUUAUGUUCUUCUUCCUCUUCUCGGAGUUCUACAUCAAGGCUUAUCUUCGUGGCUCCGCAAAGUUGUAUAUGAAUGGUACCUCAAUUUCCUCCAAGGCCAAUGGACACACCAAUGGACAUAUCAAACAUGCAAAUGGUCAUGCAAACGGCAAGGCAAAUGGCGUAGCCAAUGGUUACAGCAAUGGCCAUGCAAAUGGUCAUGCAAAUGGAACCAUCCAUUACAGGGGAUCUUCAACAAAGGAGACCAAUGGCCACAUUCCCCAGACUGAGGACACUUCUAUCAAUGCACGGGUGCGACGACUAGUGUGCAUGAGUGUAGAUACUAGCUUGGAAUAAGCUCAGUUUUCAGUACUACCUCAUAACUGGAGUAAAUCUUAACAGUGCAUCCAGACCUCUCAUUUUAUUUAUCACUGAGGUGUCAUACACCGUGCUCAGCUGGAUAACCUUGUGGUGGUGCUGAGCUUGGCGCAAGAUGCAACUCUUGAUAGCUGACGUGUCAGACAAUAUAAUAAUAAUAAUAAUAAUCACAGAGCAGGGUUCUGCAGGUGGCUCAUGCCCUACAAUUUCUAUUUUGUAAGGUAAUGGCAAAUAUCUGAUUGAGAUGAUGAAUCAGCUUUUUAUUAGUUUUCUUCAUUAAAGACUAUAUUAGUUUUCUUCAUUAAAGACUCUCCAGAAAUUAAGUUGUUGCUAAAUACUCUGCAGUACAGUUAGCAAUGACAGUUUUAUUAAUUAAAUGGUGCAAUUAAUAAAAAUUAAAUCCAUUGGAUGAUUAUUUUGGUGUGUUCGAGUUGUUAGUUUUAGUGGACAUGGUGCUCAUGGAGAGAACUUGAACUCUCAUGACCUUACAAAAUGUUGGAAAGGGACUGGCCUUUCUGGAUGUUGCACAAAUUUGCACUGGGGUAAGAAAGCACUUUAAGUGUAUACAUUUUACUGUGCUAAAUGUUUCAGUGUCAGAAAAGAAACAUUUGGAAAAGAAGCUUGUUUUAACAAACUUAAUAUCAAUGUAUUCCACUGCCAUGAUUGUCUAGAUAUAAAACAACAUGACUGUCAUCCAUUUUGGAUCACAAUCAAAGAUGGUCUUAUUUUUAUUGCAAUGAAAUUGCCACCAGUCUUGCUUUCACAGAAAGACAAUUCUGUUAUUUUAUUGGUCUUGAAUAUGCUUUUUAUCAAUGGAUUUUUGUCAAUAAAAACCAUGCUAUAUGAAUUCUUAUUGUGAUGCAGUGAAGGAAAUUAUCCAUAAAUAAAAUAAAAGUUGAGUGAAAACCAGCUAAAGACACUGGUACUACAUUAAUUUCACAAAGCCAUUCACAGGCAUUUGGUGCCUUUUUAAUUAAUGUAGGAAAAUACUUGACUAGGGUUAUGCAACUUGCAACCAUGAAACCAAUAUUCACAGUAUGUGGAAAGUAGUGUUUUCUUACUUAAAACUUAUUUUUGUAUGUAUUUUGGACAAAGUUCACAUAUCAUUGAUAAAUGGUAAAAAUAAAAUUUGUAAUUGACAUUGAUCAUGCAAACCAAAGUAUUGGAAUUGGAAUCCUUUUGUAAAAUUUGAAAGUUAAAAUGCUUAACUAUUUUAUUCAUGGUGAUGUGAAUUACAUUUGGCCACAAAGAAAACAGAAAAGAUGGUCUUGGUUCAUUUGUUGUGCCUUACCAAUACCUACAACAGAAACACAAAUAAGAAGUUAUAGAAUGCAAAGUUGUUAAAUUUUUAAAGAUUUAGAUAAUGAUAAUAGUGACUAUACCAUUCUUCAUGACUUAUGAGUUCUUUGUCCUGUGUGUGCACUGUGUGUGUUGGCUGUAUAUGUUGCAGGAUCCCAGAUGACAGUGCAUGUCUGUUUAAUGUUUAUUUGGUACUGCAGAAGUCUAAAAACCUGUAAUAAAGUUAUGCAUAAUUUAUUCAAAAUGAUUAGUGUUUCUUGACUGUUAUUCUGAAUGAAAAUUUCCUCUAUAAUGUUGUCCACAGUUAGUAAAUUAAUGUUGUUGUACAUUUGUGCUUAGGUAAAAAGAAUUAUGGCAAUGCAAGCACUUCAUUUCAGUUCCCAGAGUAGUGUACUAUUUAGUCAAGUAACUUCUUGUUUUACUUUUCUUUAUUCCAUGUGGAUUACAACUGGAGAUUAGAUUACUGUAUUUCCAGAUUAACUCACCCCUGACAUUUCCCCAAAGUGCAUCUGUAAGGUCUUACGGCCACAGACCAGCACUCUGUUACCAAAACAAUGAAGCUGUGUGGACUGACCACCACAUGCUAGUAUUGGUGCCUUCCUCACCCCCUCUCACAACUGCUCCUUGAUAUAUUCCAUCCUUGAGCAGCUAGUAAUGAUGAUUAUAAUAUUUGGGACAAGUUAUUUUUUGAGGUUUGGAAUCUAAAAUUAUCUUUAUGUAAUUACUGACAAAACUAGACCUGUCAUUUAUUUUAUAUUUGUUACACAGAGUCUGAUUCUAAUUAUUUUGCACUCCCUUUCACUUCCUAAUAUCUUUGUACCCAAAUAAGAUGAAGACUAGAUCACACAAUACCAAAGUCACUGUCUCAGAGUGUAAUGGAGGAAGAAAGAAGAAUGUGCUAUUUGUUGUCUGCUGGUGGUCUGAGCUACCCUUGUGAAUCAACCUUCAGAUGUAAGUGCUGAUUAAAUGCAUGUGUGAGCAUAAUUGAAGGUUUAUUUGUAUUAUGUCAAACAUGUUCUUUUUGUAUACUUUGUUUUUUUUAAGCCUUUUUUAAUAAGCAAAUAUUUUAACUGA